AUGAACUGUUGUCUCCACGUGAGUGUAUCAACAGCGUGUUUUUUUUAUUGCUUGAUUUGUUGUUGAGUUUUUCUGUAAUUUUAAAUUCCGACCAACAAAAGAAACUUUAACAGAAGCGCUGCGACAAUGGCGACAGUCCGCAAGAAGGUGGACAAUCGGAUCCGGGUCCAGAUAGAGAACGGGGUCGCUUUAAAGCACAGAACCAUGUUUGUGGUUGUGGGAGAUCGCGGCAAAGAUCAGGUCGUGAUCCUGCAUCACAUGCUGUCUAAAACUGCUGUCAGAGCUCGACCCUCGGUGCUUUGGUGCUAUAAAAAAGAUUUGGGCUUUAGCAGCAAUCGGAAGAAGCGCAUGAGACAGCUGCAGAAGAAGAUUAAAACUGGCACCCUGAAUUUGAAUCAAGAUGACCCGUUUGAGCUCUUCAUUGCUGCCACCAACAUCCGCUACUGUUACUACAACGAGACGCACAAGAUCCUGGGAAACACUUUUGGCAUGUGUGUCCUGCAGGACUUUGAAGCUCUCACUCCCAAUCUCUUGGCAAGAACAAUCGAAACGGUGGAAGGAGGUGGGAUCAUCGUCAUUCUGCUCCGAACCAUGAAAUCUCUCAAGCAGCUUUACACCAUGACCAUGGACGUGCACGCCCGAUACAGAACUGAGGCUCACCAAGACGUGGUGGGCAGGUUCAACGAGAGAUUUAUACUUUCACUUUCCUCCUGUAAAAACUGUGUUGUUAUUGACGACCAGCUUAACAUCCUUCCAGUCUCCAGCCACAUGACAAACAUCAAGCCAGUUCCCCCAAAGACCCAGGAGGACGGUUUGUCUCCUCGAGAGCAAGAGCUGAAAGAUCUGAAGGAGUCUCUUCAGGACACUCAGCCUGUCGGGGUUCUAGUGGACUGCUGCAGGACUAUGGAUCAGGCAAAGGCGGUGCUGAAGUUUAUCGAAGCUGUGUCCGAGAAAACCCUGAGGAGCACCGUGGCUCUGACUGCCGCUCGAGGUCGAGGGAAGUCUGCUGCGAUGGGGCUGUCUGUCGCUGGAGCUGUGGCCUUUGGCUACUCCAACAUCUUCGUGACUUCUCCGAGCCCAGACAACCUCCACACCAUGUUUGAAUUCAUCUUCAAAGGUUUUGAUGCUCUGCAGUAUCAGGAGCAUCUGGACUAUGAGAUCAUCCAGUCUCUGAACCCAGAGUUCAACAAAGCAGUGGUGCGGGUGAACAUCUUCAAGGAGCAUCGGCAGACCAUUCAGUACAUCCACCCCGGGGAUGCGGUGAAGCUGGGUCAGGCUGAGCUGCUGGUCAUUGACGAGGCUGCGGCUAUCCCUCUCCCUCUGGUGAAGAAGCUGCUGGGGCCUUAUCUAGUUUUCAUGGCCUCCACCAUCAAUGGGUACGAGGGCACAGGCCGCUCUCUGUCUCUCAAGUUACUCCAGCAACUGCGGCAGCAGAGUGCAGACAGCCAGCAGAGCCUGUCAGCAGAGAAUCGGACCACCAGCACCGCCAGGCUGGCUGCAGCGCGCAGCCUCCACGAGGUUUCCCUGCACGAGUCCAUCCGGUACGCUCCGGCAGACCCGGUGGAGAAGUGGCUGAACGAGCUGCUCUGUCUUGACUGCCUCAACAUUCCCAGACUCAUUUCUGGCUGCCCACUUCCACAGACAUGCGACUUAUAUUAUGUAAACAGAGACACGCUGUUCUGCUACCACAAAGCAUCUGAGGCGUUCCUGCAGAGGCUGAUGGCUCUCUAUGUGUCCUCGCACUACAAGAAUUCCCCAAACGACCUUCAGAUGCUGUCCGACGCUCCAGCUCAUCACCUCUUCUGCCUCUUGCCGCCUGUUCCUGCCACUCAGAACUCUCUUCCGGAAGUCCUCGCCGUGGUGCAGGUUUGUCUAGAGGGGGAAAUUUCAAGGCAGACCAUCCUCAACAGUCUGUCCAGAGGGAAGAAGGCGUCGGGCGACCUUAUUCCCUGGACGGUGUCAGAGCAGUUUCAAGAUCCAGACUUCGGCUGUCUGUCUGGAGGCAGAGUGGUGCGAAUAGCUGUCAAUCCAGACUAUCAAGGGAUGGGUUACGGCUCUCGAGCUCUCCAGCUGCUGCAGAUGUACUAUGAGGGCAAAUUUCCCACCAUGGAGGAAGGCACGGCCUCCACAAACACCGAAAUCGUCCCCGUCAGCAGUGAGGCUGUUAGUCUCCUGGAGGAAGUGGUCACUCCUCGAAAAGAGCUGCCUCCUCUGCUGCUGAAGCUCACCGAGAGGAGAGCAGAGAGGCUGGACUACCUAGGAGUUUCAUAUGGCCUCACAACACAGCUGCUCAGAUUCUGGAAAAAAGGGGGCUAUACUCCAGUCUAUUUACGGCAAACACCUAAUGACCUGACAGGAGAACACUCCUGUGUGAUGCUGAAAGAGCUGAAUACAGAGGAGGCCCCGGAGCAGGGCCAGUGGUUGUCUGCCUUCUGGAAAGAUUUCCGCCGCCGCUUCCUGUCUCUACUCUCUUAUCGGUUUAGCAGCUUCCAUCCAAGCUUAGCGCUCAGCAUUUUGCAAAAUAAGAAGUCCAAAGAGGAGGUCACUGCUCUCAGCAUCUCAGAGCUGGAAUCCACUUUCACCCCCUAUGAUCUCAAACGUCUGGAGUUGUACUCCAGGAGCAUGGUGGACUACCACCUCAUCAUGGACCUGAUCCCAGCUCUGGCUCGCAUGUUUUUCCUCAAACAGCUGGGUGAUGUCUCCCUGUCUGCGGCUCAGUGUGCAUUACUGCUUGGAAUUGGACUGCAGCACAAGACUGUGGAGCAACUAGAAAAGGAAAUUGAACUCCCGAGCUCGCAGCUUAUGGGCCUCUUCAACCGCAUCAUCAGAAAGUUUGUGCAUGUGUUUAACAGCAUCCAAGAGAAAGCAAUUGAACAACAGAUGGUUGCCACCAAAACUGUCAGCAUGGAGCCAACUGUCAGAAGCCUCAGUGAAGAUCUGAAUGAAGCUGCAAAGGAGUUUGAGGAGAAGCAAAAGGAGGCUCUGGAGAAAGUGAAAGACCUGGACCUGGAAGAAUACAGAAUCCGAGGGAAUGAUGAGGAGUGGGACCAGGUGCUGAAGAAGGCAGGGGGUACAGCUAUGGUCAGCAUCAAAAGUGACAAGAAGAGAAAAUGGGAAGGAGGAAACUCAACUGGAAGCAAUGGAGUCCCAGAGCAAGGAAAAACCCAAAAGAAGGAAAUGAAACAUGGAAAGUUCAAGAAGAGCAAAAUCAAACAAGGAAAAUUUGGAAAGAGAGCAUAACAGUACAAGAAAAAAAAAUUUUUUUUUCCUUUUAAAUGUCAGAACUAGUUAGUGUGAGUUAUGGAUUUGGAAUCUAACAGAACACACCACAGUGUCACACAAUAAAUGCUUGCCUUUAUUUCUACUCAA